CCUUGAUUUUUAUUUAUUUAUUUUUUGGUUGCACAGAUGGAAGCUAAGAAUCAAACUUUAUUGAAUGGGUUUAUCCUUGUUGGCUUUCCAUAUCCCGAUAGUGUGAAGGAACCUUUACUUAUCUUCUUCCUACUCAUCUAUUUAAUGACACUAUUUGGCAAUCUUCUGAUCCUGUUGGUUGUUGUAUCUAAUCCCCAUCUCCACAAGCCCAUGUACUGGUUCCUUUGCCAUUUGUCUUUUCUGGACAUGACAGUCUCCACCGUGAUUGUUCCCAAGGUCAUUGUGGGAUUUUUAGAAGGUGGGAGGAUCAUAUCCUUUGGAGGCUGUGUCUGUCAACUCUUCUUUCUCCACUUUUUGGGUUGCACAGAAUGCUUCCUUUAUACGUUGAUGGCCUACGAUCGCUUUCUAGCUAUUUGCAAACCACUCCAUUAUGGCAACCUCAUGAAUCAUAGGACGUGUCUCUUCCUGGCCAUGGGCACCUGGGUUGGAGGAUGCCUUCACUCCAUAAUGGAGACAGCCCUUGUUUUUCGCUUGCCCUUUGGUCGGGAAAACCGGGUCAACUAUAUCUUCUGUGAUAUCCCCGCUGUGUUGAAGCUGGUCUCUGCUGACACAACCCUCAAUGAGAUGGUAACCAUGGUGGAUGUCGGUCUUGUGGCCACCAUGUGCUUCCUUCUGAUUUUGACUUCCUACAUGUACAUUGUCUCCACCAUCCUGAAGAUCCGCAGUGCCCAAGGUCGUAAAAGGGCUUUCUCUACCUGUACUGCUCAUAUAACUGUGGUGGUGACCUACUAUGUGCCCCUUGUCUUCAUCUAUCUGAGACCAGGAUCUCAGGAUCCACUGGAUGGAGUGGUGGCUAUCUUUUAUACCUCACUGACUCCACUUUUGAAUCCCAUUAUCUAUACACUGAGGAACAAGGACAUAAAAAUUGCCCUUGUAAACUUGUCGAGGAGAUCAUCCUAA